UAUACACCAACCUAAAGAGAAUCAAUAUCGUCUUUGCAUCCAACUUCUUAUAUUUUCUUUUUUUCUCCAGAAAGUUAAUAUAUAUAUAUAUAUAUCAAACCCCAAAUGGUGAGAAAUUUUUAUAUAGCGUUUCGUGCUACCUAAUUUUAUGGCGUUUCUGAUUUAGUUCAAAGAACUUCGAUUUCUUGAUCAGAACUUGAAAACUUGGGGCUCAAUCAUGAUUAUUACCAGACAUAAAAGAGAUGUAAACCUGUUUGUGCUUCAACUAGGAGCUGCCUUAGCCAUAUCAUUCGCCGGAUUGCUCUUUUCUCGAUUUAAAAAGCAAACGAAAAGAAUCGGGCCCACUUUGCCUCCUCUUCGACCUCAAUCUCCUGAUCACGGAUACAGAGGAAGCCCUAACAAAUCCGUUGAUAGAGGAGAUUCAGAAACGCCUAAGACUAGUAAAGAAGAGACUUCAAUUGGUUUUUCGCCAAGAAGUGAAUGUGAUGUUGAUGAAAAAGAUGUGUUUCUUUUACCGGAGUUUGAAGAUGAAGUUAACAAGUUAGAUUUGUUGGUCUAUGAUGAUGAAUGUGAAACCCCAAAGUCAGAUUUAUCUGCUCUUCUAGCGUUUCCUAGCACAGAGGAAGCUGAUCGUGAGAAUGAAAUUAAGCGAUUAAGAAACGCGGUGAGAGCGUUACGUGAGAGAGAGAGGUGUCUUGAGGAUAAGUUGUUAGAGUACUAUAGUCUCAAGGAGCAGCAAAAGAUUGCAAUGGAGCUUCGAAGUAGACUGAAACUAAACCAAAUGGAGACUAAAGUUUUCAAUCUCAAGAUCAAGUCGUUGCAAGCCGAGAACGAGAAACUCAAGGCUCAUUGUUCAGACCAUUCUAAAGCAGUCUUGGAGCUGGACAUGGCUAACUCUCAUGUUGAGGUGCUUAAGAAGAAACUCAACAUCAAAACCCAACAACACGUGGAGCAGCUAUUGUCACUUAGAGAACGAGUGGCCAAGCUGCAAGAAGAUGAGAUCAAGGCUUCUUUACCUGAUCAUGAUGCAGCCAAGAUGAUGCAUAGGCCAACGGACUUGGAAGGAGAGAUCAACGAGCUUAGAGAUUGCAACAUGAGAUUACAUUUUGAGAAUUAUGAACUUGCUGAGAAGCUGGAGUCUGUUCAAAUCAUAGCAAGUUCUAAGCUGGAGGAUCCAGAGAAGAUGGAGACAUUAAGAAACGAUGGUAACAGAUUGAGGAGUGAAAAGGAAGAGUUGAAGAAGGAGAUAGAGCAGCUUCAAGGAGACCGAUGCAGUGACCUGGAGCAGCUUGUUUAUCUCAAAUGGAUAAAUGCUUGCUUAAGAUAUGAGCUAAGGACUUACAAGCCACCCGCGGGUAAAACUAUCGCUAGGGAUCUUAGCACUACUUUAAGUCCUAACUCAGAAGAGAAAGCUAAGCAACUGAUUCUUGAAUACGCACACGAGGAAGAUCAUACAGAUUAUGAUGAUCAAUGGUCAUCUUCUCAGGAGGAAGCAUCAUCGAUGAUCACUGACUCUAUCUUCUUAGAUGAUUCUUCUGUUGACACUUUGGCUGCCAAGAAAACGAAAAAGUCAGGGAAGAAGAAGCUUAUGCAUACGUUGAUGAAGAUCUUACACGGUAAAGAUAGUACGCAGGAACGUAAGAAGAGAGCUGGUUCUUCGGAACCGAGUAGCUCAAGCACAGGUGUUUAUACCACUCAUACUAGGCUUCGACCAUCUCAUUCGAUGGACUUCCAGAUGUUGCUGUGUGGCAAAGACGAGGAGGAAGAGUUUAAGGAUCACAUCAGGAUGUUACGAGGUAAGAGUCAAGCAGCAAAGUCAUCCAACCAUGGAGAAGAAGAGUGUUUGGAAUCAGAUGAACAGAGGAAGAAAGAGCUGGUUAAAUACGCCGAAGCGCUUAGGAAGUCUAGUUCCACGAAGAAGCUUCAUAAGAAAUCUGCGUCGUUUUUCUUCUGAGUAACGAGACUUCCUGUGUGUAAAGAUACUAGCUCAAAGUUGUAAAUUUGUGGAGCAAAACAAAUGGGUUGCAAUUGGAUUAUUAAUUUUUGGAAAGGAAUAAUUUGGAAUGGAUUAUUCCAUUAAUUAUUAUUUUUUUACAUUUAACUUUAAUGGAAUAGAAUGAAUUCUAUUAGUUUC